CCCAUCACACAUAUCACUCUGCAGCUAGCUUGCACGGCAGUGCAUGCCCAUAUUUCUUCUUUUCUAGUACAAGCUACAAGCCAUUGAUAUUUCCCUAGCCGGAUCUUUAGGCCGCGCGGCGAGAGGGGAAAAUCGGCCGCAUGCGUGUGUCGAUCGCUCUGGUGUGGCCUCGUAAUGAUCUAAGCAAGAGGAAAUUUUGACUGGCAUUAUUGUCGCUGGCUGAUCAGUUGCGCUCCAUCAGCUGAAUUUCUUUCCUCCGGGGAGGAUCUUGCUAGAUUGGAUUGGAGGAGUAUCGAUCGGAGAUGGUGAUGGAGAGUACGGCCAAGGUGGUGCUGGGAUGCGUGGCCUUCACCAUCUUCUGGGUGCUGGCCGUGUUCCCGUCCGUGCCCUUCAUGCCGGUGGGCCGGACGGCGGGGUCUCUGCUGGGGGCCAUGCUCAUGGUGCUGUUCCGCGUGAUGACGCCCGAGCAGGCCUACGCCGCCAUCGACCUCCCCAUCCUCGGCCUCCUCUUCGGCACCAUGGUCGUGAGCAUCUUCCUGGAGCGGGCCGACAUGUUCCAGUACCUCGGCAGCAUGCUGUCCUGGAAGAGCCGCGGCAGCAAGGACCUCCUCUUCCGCGUCUGCCUCGUCUCCGCCGUCGCCAGCGCGCUCUUCACCAACGACACCACCUGCGUGGUGCUCACCGAGUUCAUCCUCAAGGUGGCGAGGCAGAACAACCUGCCCCCGCAGCCCUUCCUGCUCGCCCUCGCCUCCAGCUCCAACAUCGGCUCCUCCGCCACGCCCAUCGGCAACCCGCAGAACCUGGUCAUCGCCGUCACCAGCGGCAUCUCCUUCGGCUCCUUCCUCUUGGGCAUCUUCCCGGCCAUGAUCGUCGGGGUCAUCACCAACACCUGCAUCCUCCUGUGCUACUUCUGGAAGCACCUCUCCGUCGACAAGGAACGGGACCAAGAGUCGGCCGGGGGCGGGGGGCAGGACGUGGUCGUGGCCGACGAAGAAGUCACCUCGCACCGGUUCACGCCGGCGAGGAUGUCGCGCGCCAACUCGGUAAACGGCGAUGCCGACUACAUGAACGAGCCCAUCCGCAGGAGCGACAGCAUGAGCAGGGGCGCCGACACCCUCCGGAGCAAGAGCUACAACUCCGAGGGCGACCGCGACAUCCAGGUCGCCAUCAGGUCGCUGCGCGCGUCCAGCCUGUCGCAGGAGAUGGUGGAGGUGUCCACGGUGUGCGACCGGCGCGACGAAGGACCCAGGAAGGUGACCAGGACCACCAGCCGCCAGCGGAGCGUGAUCAUCGAGGACGCGCCCGAGCCCGAGCAGACCUUGGACGGCGACGACAAGGAGAAGCCGGACCAAGAGGAAGUGGUGAAGCACAAGAAGUGGAAGGUGCUCGUGUGGAAGACCGCCGUGUACCUCACGACGCUCGGGAUGCUCGUCUCGCUCCUCAUGGGGCUCAACAUGUCAUGGACCGCCAUCACCGCCGCCCUCGUCCUCCUCGCUCUCGAUUUCACAGACGCACAAGCUUGCCUAGAGAAGGUAUCCUACUCGUUGUUGAUCUUCUUCUGCGGGAUGUUCAUAACGGUGGAUGGCUUCAACAGAACCGGCAUACCCAACGCGCUCUGGGAGUUGGUGGAACCGCACGCCAGGAUCGAUAGCGCCAAAGGAAUCGCCCUUCUUGCGGUUGUGAUUCUUCUUCUUUCAAAUGUUGCCUCAAAUGUUCCAACAGUGCUGCUGCUGGGCACAAGAGUGGCAGCAUCCGCUGGUGCCAUCUCACCGGCUUCAGAGAAGAAAGCCUGGCUCAUACUAGCUUGGGUUAGUACCGUGGCCGGCAACCUCACCCUUCUCGGCUCAGCUGCGAACCUCAUCGUCUGCGAGCAGGCGCGGCGGGCGCAGUUCCACGGCUACAACCUCACCUUCUGGAGCCACCUUCGUUUCGGCGUGCCGUCCACCAUCAUCGUUACCGCUAUCGGCCUCAUUAUCGUCGUUAGCUACUGAACUGAACGUUGCAGCACGUGAGCAGAUAGCUUCCAUAAGCAAGGAAGCAACCGUCAAAAUGGGGGAUUUACCUGCUUAUCGUCUUUUACGUCUUUUUUUUGUAUAAGAUUCUCGCCCGAAAUUAGGCGCGAGACGUCGUCGUCGCCCUUCUGCUAAAGCAAGUAAUGGGCAUGUGUUGUACGUAGAUGUAAGAGUACCCGUCGACGCAAGUAGUCGGUGUCCGUCCAUCGUAUUCAAAACCCAAGCUUUGCUUCGAUAGGAUGGAUGGACGGACAGGGAAUGCAGUGACAAUGUUAUUUCGGAUGUAUGUUUGCAGAUAAAGAUAUUUAUACGGUGGAUUGAUGGAGAGUGCCGACAAUAUAUUUCAACACUAUCGCUCA